GCAGUACUCUUGGAAGUUGCUUUUACCGUUGGAGUUGUAAUGCUCAACGGCAGCACCAAAGUCGUUGAUCCUAUACAUCACUACGCAUCCCUUAUUGAGAAGUGCCUCGCAACCAGACAUCUGAAGCUGGGAAGACUUAUCCAUUGUCAUCUAAUCAAAACUGCUCUCAAUGUCAACGUCUUCCUCGCUAACCGUAUCAUCCACAUGUACUCGAAAUGCGAUUCUAUUGAAAGUGCUCACAAUGCUUUUGAUGAACUCCCAAUCAAGAACACGCACUCAUGGAAUACAAUCAUUUCUGCUUCUUGUAGAUUUGGUCUUUUUGAUAGAGCUCAGAAUUUGUUUGAUGAAAUGCCGGAACCAAACCUGGUUAGCUAUAAUUCUAUUAUUUCAGGGUUAAGCCAUCAUGGGUCUCACAAACAAGCGAUUGAUGUCUUUAAGAAGAUGCAGAAACAGUAUAAUGCUCUGCUGAUUGAUAAGUACACGUUUGUCAGUAUGGUGAGUACUUGUGCUAACUUGGGAACACUACAACUCUUGCGUCAGGUCCAUGGAGCAUUGGCUGUGAUUGGCAUGGAAAUAAAUCUUAUAAUGUACAAUGUUUUAAUUGAUGCAUAUGGAAAGUGUGGUGACCCUGAUGCUUCAUACAAAGUCUUCAGUCGAAUGGCCGAAAGGGAUGUUGUUUCAUGGACUUCAAUGGUCGUUGCUUAUGCAAGGGCAUCACAACUAGAAAAAGCCCAUUGGAUAUUUAAUCAGAUGCCAGUCAAGAAUGCCAUCUCGUGGACUGCUCUAAUCACAGGACUUGCACAAAAUGGGCGGGGAGCUGAGGCAUUGAAUUUGUUUGAGCAGAUGCAGGACGAGGGUAUCCCACCUAGUGCAUUCACUUUUGUUGGUCUAUUAAGUGCUUGUGCAGAUCUGGCGCUCAUUGAACGUGGAAAACAGCUUCAUGGGUGCAUUACCAGAAAUGGUGAUAGAAGUAACCUGUUCAAUGUGUUUAUAUUUAAUGCUUUAAUUGACAUGUAUGCCAAGUGUGGUGAUAUGAAAUCAGCUAAAAGGUUGUUUGAGAAAAUCCCUGAGAAGGAUAUCAUCUCUUGGAACUCAAUGAUCACUGGAUUUGCUCAGAAUGGAUAUGGGGAGGAAUCACUCAUGGUAUUCAAUAAGAUGACAGAGGAAAGUGUAAUCCCAAAUCAUGUAACAUUUCUUGGGGUGUUAACUGCAUGUAGCCAUACAGGUUUAGUAUCCAAAGGAAGACAUUUCUUAGAGCUGAUGGAAAAGGACUUUGGUGUAUGCCCAAGGUCAGACCACUAUGCAAUCCUGAUUGACAUGCUGGGACGAAUGAACAGACUUGAGGAGGCAGUGGAGCUGAUCAAUAUUGCACCUCAUGGACCGGAUCACAUCGGGAUGUGGGGUGCACUAUUGGGUGGUUGUCGGGUCCAUGGAAACUUGGAUCUUGCAAGAAGGGCUGCAGAAGCUCUCUUUGAACUAGAACCUUGGAACGCUGCAAGAUAUGUUAUGCUCUCAAACAUUUAUGCUGCAGCAAAGAGAUGGGAUGAUUCACGUCGAGUGAGGUCACUCAUGAAGGAGAGGGGUUUGAAAAAGGAAGUAGCUUAUAGUAUUAUUGAAGUGAGAAAUGCUAGACAUUGGUUUGUGGCAGAAGACAAGUCCCAUUGUCAAACAGAAGAAAUUUAUGAAGUAAUCAAUAUCCUAGCAGACCAGAUGAAGGAAGCAGGUUUUCUACCCUUUCCCCAUGAUGGCCACUAAUUCAUUCUUGAUGAAGAUGAUGGAUUGUUAACUCAAGUAUGUAAUGAAUAAACUCUCUUGCUCUUCUUUUUAAUAAAUAUUUAAGGUACAGUUCUUGGUAAUAUAAGGAUGAAAUUUGAAAUUCUUUUCUAUUACCCU